AUGGUGUACACGCUUACAGUUCCUGAUCGCUACGGCUAUGUCGUCCUCGUCGCUCUCGGGGCGAUUCCGUUCCUCUCCUGGAUGCAAGGCAACGUCGUAACCAUACUCCGCAAGCCAGCUGGCGUCGCUUACCCGAACGCCUACGCCUCGCACGAGAAGGCCAAAGAGAGCCAAGCCGCCUACAAAUUCAACUGCGCCCAGAGAUCGCACGGCAACUUGCUCGAGAACAUGCCGCAGACCAUGGCGUUUUUGUUGUUUGCGGGCUUGGAGUACCCCACGGCUACGGCGGCUUUGGGGGUUGCCUGGGUGGCCUUUCGGGCUGCCUAUGCUUAUGGCUACAUCCAGAGCCAGCAGAAAGGUGGACGUGGCAGGUUUUUGGGGUCACCCGUUUGGUUGGUGCAAGGUGGACUCUGGGCCUUGUGCGUGUCGACGGCUCUGAAGAUGCUUUGA